CAGAACAAAAAAAAAAAAAAAACAAUUCCAGCCUGAAAAAGUUGAGAGCUUCUCUCUCAUGGGAAAAUUUUUCCCAGCUCUUUUGCGCGUACGAAGGCUGGUUCUCCGAUGAUUCGUGGGGUUUAAUCAGGUGGUGAUUCUUGCUGUUCUUGGUCAGGGGUCUUUACUAAUACCAUCGUCCAGACUUGGAUUUGGUUUUAGAAGGAUUACGGGGGCCAAAACAAAUCGCAGAAACGAGGGUUUGAGCGCAGAUUCACUGUUCACGUCGGCGGUGAUUUGUGGUUUGUUUUUGGGUGUUUCUGUUGGGAACUUCAUCUGAUUACAGUUCCGUGCUCGCCUCUGUAUUUAGACGUUAAUCUGCGGCCAUUCCAUGACUUUUUGGUUCUUUUUAUUCACAUAAUUUUUUGGAGCUCUGUUUCGUUUGAUUUGCUGAGUCGUUUGGUUGUAGGUUCUGUUUAAGUUUGGGUUUCGAGUGUGGACUGUAUCCCAUAUGGUUUGCUUUUGAUUUUCCGAAUUUCAUAGUUAGGACCUACGAUCUGGUUUCUUUUCGGAAUUUUACUGUCAUGUCUGGAAAAAAAUCACAGGUUAUUGGGGAAGCUACCAAGCCAAGGACCACCAGGGCAAGUUUCACAGUCCUGUAGGAUUCUGAUGCUGAAUUCCCUGCCCUGCUGCCAGGACUCUCACUGAAGAAGACAAAAAAGGCAAAUGCUGAUGGAAAAAAUGUUGCUGCUAUUGAACUCCCACCUCCUGGGAAGGUUAUACAAUCUGGACAGAGAGCAAUGACAAUGGUUUUGGACCCAAACGCAGAUGCUGCACAAAGUGGGGUUGUGACCAAUGCUGAAAUCAGGCCUGAAGGAAUUACUGCUGGGGCAGUAAAGACUGGGGCAGUGGUUGUAGCACCUGCUGCUAAGGAUACUGCUGCAGCAGUAAAUGUAGGGGCUAAGACUACAAAUCCCAAACCUUGGAGUGCUCUUUUUAAGGAUAAUCGGGACCCAUCACAUGGUAUCAAACUGAGAUACGUUCCUCCCAAAGGAGCAACUUUGGACUUUGGUGAUCGCAUUUUACCUUCCAUGGUUGAAAUGUGGGGUUUUUGCCUAGUAGGGCACUUUACUGGGAAAUUCCCCGGACUCAAAGCAGUUCAUGAUCUUAGAGCUAAAUGGGGUGUGAAAUGUUUUGUGAAAUCCCACAAUAAGGGAUGGGUAAUCUUUAAAUUCACAAAUGAGGAGGAUAGAAUGAAAGUUCUUCAUGAUGGUCCUUAUAUGGUCUUUGGGAAACUCCUUAUGCUCAAAGAACUUUCGGAAGACUUUUCUUUUGAAGAUGAAGAGUUCCUCAAAGUGCCGAUUUGGGUCAAAUUCCCCAAACUACCAAUGAAGCUAUGGAACGAUGAAGCUAUGAGUGAGGUGGCAUCCAUGGUUGGAGUCCCCAUAACUACGGACAAGAUCACUAAAGAGAGGAUGAAUAAUGAAUAUGCUAGAGUGCUUAUCGAGGUUGAUGUUUCAAAGCCACCGCCACUCUCUUUUCCUAUACGACUACCUUCAAAAAAGGUAUUCAAUCAAAGUGUGCUUUACGAAACUUUUCCUAAUUAUUGUUUUCAUUGCAAAGAAUUUAGGCAUCACCCAUUUAUUUGCAACAAGCUAUCCAAUUGUGGUGAGGGGGGAAGUAGGGGAAAGGAUAAACAGGUUGUUGCUGUUGAGGAAAUUGAUGAAGUUGGGCUAACUUCUAUCCGGGCAGAAUCUGCCCUUCCAGCCUCGGAAGCUACUGCCAUGCCGGCUUUGGAGCUUGCUGCCACUCCGAAGUUUGAUGCCAUAUCUGAAAUUCAGGGACCUACUGUUGACGUUGUUACAUUAGAUGAACCUGCUUUGACUCAAGCUGCUGCACCAGCUAAUAAUGAUGCUGCCACGGCUAUAACAAAUGGUUUCGAAGCUUUAGGAAGGUUUGUGAGCAAGGAAAGUGAGUUGAAAAAAGAUGAUGUUGUCAUUAAGUGUGAGAUCAUAGAUGGUAAGACGUUUAAGUUUUUUGUCAAGCCGUUUAAAAACGUCCAAGCUAGUGUCACUAGAGUGGAUAGAUUUCUAAGGCUUACGGCUGAUUUGGAUAAGAGGGGCCUUACGUUCUCUGAUCAUUGUCUUGAGAAGUUGCCGGGGUUUACUAUGAAGAAAGGGGAGGUUGACUUUGCCGCAAAGUUUACUAAUCCUUUCCAUGUCUUCUUUGGAUGUUAAACUAGGGACUUUUUUGGUGAACUAGUUUUGUUGAUUUUAUUUGUUCCUAAUCGGUUUUAGGUUCUGUUUGUUUGAAUUUUGAUGAUCUCCAUCUUGAUGUUGUGGUAUUCCUUUUUUCGGGAUAUGCACUUUUUUUGUAACAUUGACUUGUUAUUUCUUUGGGUGUUAAUAUAUACUUACAUUUCAUCCAAAAAAAAA